AUGGCCCCCGAAUUGAGACCAAGAACCAGAUCGGCGACGGCUGCGGCCGGGAAGCAGACCGCGGAGAAGACGACCGAGGUCGAGAAGGUCGAACCCAAGAAGGUGACCAAGAAGACGACCAGGAAGACGGCCAAGGUCGAGGAUGUCGAGAAGGCCGAUAAGGUUGAGGAGGCCGAGAAGGUCGAGGAGACCGAGAAGGUCGAGAAGGUCGAACCCAAGAAGGUGACCAAGAAGACGACCAAGAAGACAACCAAGAAGACGGCCAAGGCCGAGGAGGUUGAGAAGGCCGAGAAGGUCGAGGAGGCCAAGGAGGUCGAGGAGGCCAAGGAGGUCGAGGAGGCCAAGGAGGUCGAGGAGGCCAAGGAGGUCGAGGAGGCCGAGAAGGUCGAGAAGGUCGAGAAGGCCGAGAAGGCCGAGAAGAUUGAGAAGGUCGAGAAGGUCGAGAAGGCCACCAAGCGUAAAGCUCCCGAGGAGGCUCAGGCAUCCCCUGUCGCCGCGAAGAAGCAGAAGUCUGCCAAGGCGAACGCCAAGUCGAAGAAGUCGAAACCCGAACCCGUCAAGGAGGCCGAGCCCGAGGCCACCGAAGUCGUCGAGGCCGCCGAGGUCGCUGAGGAGUCUGUCGUUGCUCUGGACGACGGCGGCAAUUCGGACGAGGUUGACGCCGACAUCCAGGCGCUCGCUGCUGGCCUCGACUCGGACGCCGAGAAGGCGCCCGCGGGCAACGGAACCUUCAAGGAGGGCAUGGACGUUGGCAAGGUCCCGAAGCACGCCAAGAAGCAGAAGCAGUUGACGAACGGCAAGAAGGAGGAGCCCGGCGUCGUCUUUAUCUCGAGGCUGCCCCACGGUUUCUACGAGCACGAGCUGAAGGGUUACUUUUCACAAUUCGGCCCCAUCAACCGCCUGAGGCUGGCGCGCAACAAGAAGACGGGCGCCAGCAAGCAUUACGCCUUCAUCGAGUUCGCCGAGGAGAGCACGGCCGAAGUCGUCUGCAAGACCAUGGACAACUACCUCCUGUUCGGCCACAUCCUCAAGGUCAAGACCGUCCCCCUUGACCAGCUGCACGCGGACGUCUGGAAGGGCGCCAACAAGCGCUUCAAGAAGAUCCCGUGGUCCAAGAUCGCCGCCGGCGAGGUCGCGAAGCCCCGGACGGAGUCGGGCUGGACCCACAAGGUGUCCAAGGAGGAGAAGAAGAGGCUGGAGCGCGCCCAGAAGCUUAAGGAGAUCGGGUACGAGUUCACGGCUCCCAAGCUGAAGGAGGCCGUCGCGCCGCCGCCGGAGCCGAUGGAGGUCGACGCCCCCGAGGAGCCCAAGGCGAUCGAGGCCGCGGCGCUCGAGGAGGAGAAGCCCGCGGAGGAGCUUGCCGUGGAGGAGGUCGCAGCGGUUGAGACGCCCAAGUCGGCCAAAGGCAAGGCGAAGAAGGGGGGCCGGAGAAAGACCAAGGCUUAG